GCGUCUCCCGCGCGCCCCAAUGCUUGUUGUGGUUGCUGCAUGGCAGCUCAAUAUGAACCGUUCAGCUCACUUUUAACGUAUUUAUCAUAUAUGCUUUAGGUUUAAUUCAACCUUUUUUAAGUCUGACCGAGCAGCAGACAUGGCGGGAGUUAUCCGCCGGCUGGACGAGACGGUGGUUAACCGCAUCGCAGCGGGAGAAGUCAUCCAGAGACCCGCUAACGCCAUAAAGGAGAUGCUAGAGAACUGUUUGGAUGCAAAGUCGACUAAUGUCCAAGUGACGGUGAAGGAAGGUGGUCUGAAGCUCAUCCAGAUCCAGGAUAACGGCACCGGCAUCAGGAAAGAAGACAUGGAUAUAGUGUGUGAACGGUUUACCACCAGCAAGCUGCAGAGUUUUGAGGACCUUUCUGCUAUUUCCACCUAUGGUUUCAGAGGGGAGGCACUGGCCAGUAUCAGCCAUGUGGCCCAUGUGACCAUUACAACCAAAACAAAGGAUGCAAAGUGUGCCUACAGAGCCAACUACAGUGAUGGGAAACCAAAAGGGCCUCCCAAACCCUGUGCUGGGAACCAGGGCACACAGAUACUGGUGGAGGACCUGUUCUACAACGUGUCCACACGGAGGAAGGCACUGAAGAGCCCAGGAGAAGAGUACGCCCGGAUCGUGGAGGUGGUGAGCAGGUACGCUAUACACAACUCGGGGAAAAGCCUUUCUGUCAAGAAGCAAGGAGAGACGGUGGCAGACGUGCGGACCCUCCCCGACGCGUCCGUCGUGGAUAACAUCCGAGGGGUGUUUGGCAACGCGGUCAGCCGGGAGUUGAUUGAAGUCGGCUGCGAGGAUACGAAGUUCGCCUUCAAGCUGAAGGGCUACAUCUCCAACGCCAACUACUCUGUGAAGAAGUGCAUCCUGGUCCUCUUCAUCAACCAUCGUCUGGUGGAGUCGGGCGCCUUGAAGAAAGCCCUGGAGACGGUCUACGCCGCCUACCUCCCCAAGAACACGCACCCCUUCCUCUACCUCAGCCUGGAGAUCGCCCCCCACAACAUCGACGUGAACGUGCACCCCACCAAACACGAGGUCCACUUCCUGCACGAGGACAGCAUCAUCGAGAGCGUCCAGAAACACGUGGAGAGCAAACUGCUGGGCUCCAACUCCUCGCGCACCUACUUCACCCAGACGAUGCUCCCGGGCCUGUCGGUGUCGGAGGUGAAGCCCCCCUCCUCCUCCGCCCGGGGGGACGCCGCGGGGGCGGAUCCGUCAGACCGCGUCUACGCCCACCAGAUGGUGCGGACCGACUGCCGUGCCCAGAAGCUGGACGCCUUCCUCCAGCCCAGGGAGAAGACCGCCCCGGGUCCCAGUGGGGCCGGGGGGGCGUCCGGGGGCGGGGGCGGGGGCGGGGGCGGGGCUGGGGCCGUGUGGGCGGAGUCGGGGGCGGAGAUGGAGGCGACGGAGGAUGCUGCCCUGCUGGAGGCCCUGGGGGAGGUGGGGGAGGUGGAGGACAUGGAGCCGGCCUCCAGAGGCAGCACCACCACCCCAGACCAGCCCAGGAAGCGCCCCAGGACCAGCCAGGAGGAGGGGGAGGAGCUAACAGCAGCAGCCACGCCCAGGAGGCGUGUCAUCAAGCUGAACAGCAUCAAGGAGCUGCGGACUGAGAUCUCUGAAGACACCCACAAAGGUCUUCAGGAGAUGCUGCAGAACCACUCGUUUGUGGGCUGCGUCAACCCCCAGUGGACCCUCAUCCAGCACCACACCAAGCUCUACCUGCUCAACUCCACCAAGCUCAGCCAGGAGCUCUUCCGUCAGAUCCUGAUCUAUGACUUUGGGAACUUUGGUGUUCUCCGGCUGUCGAGCCCCGCCCCGCUGUACGACCUGGCCAUGCUGGCGCUGGAGUCGGAGGAGAGCGGCUGGACGGAGGAGGACGGGCCCCGGGAGGGCCUGGCCCAGUACAUCACCGACUUCCUCAGGAACAAGCACGAGAUGCUUGAGGACUACUUCUCCCUGGAGAUAGACCAGGACGGGAACUUGACCGGCCUGCCGCUGCUGCUCGACCACUACAGCCCCGUGAUGGAAGGGCUGCCCAUGUUUAUCCUGCGCCUAGCAACAGAGGUGAACUGGGACGAUGAGAAGGAGUGCUUUGGGGACUUUGCCAAGGAGUGCAGCCAGUUCUACGCCAUCAGGAAGCAGUUCAUCCUGGAUGCGGAGCCCGGAGAGGAGCCGCAGGAGGGUGAGGGCGGCUCGUGGCGCUGGAAGGUGGAGCACGUGGUCUUCAAGGCGCUGAGGAGCCUCUUCUCCCCGCCCAAGAGCUUCAGCGAGGACGGCAGCGUGCUGCAGAUCGCCAACCUACCCGACCUCUACAAGGUGUUCGAGAGGUGCUGACCUCCCCGACCUCUAGGAGUGGCUGACCUCUGACCCUAACCGCUGAACUCAACAAGGUGUUGGAGAGGUGCUGAGGAUGUGGAGAAUGUCUGGAGAACACGUGUCCGUUUUGAGACGUCCUGUCUAACAUGUUCCGCUUUAUAUUGUGUACUCUUCAUGUAAAUAAAUGUUGUUCUUUAAAUGCUGGAUUGAACGUUUUCUUGCAGGUUAGAGGGAAAUCUUUCUUUGAAAAAACAUUUAUUAAUUAGCAUGCAUGUUUAUUAUUAACACUUAAUUGAUAAAGGAUUUGGCCAAAGGUAUUCAGAAGCCAAGCAAACCAAUGUGUUUUUCCUGUGGAAGAAAACUUUCCAUACAGCUCGUUUAAAUGAGACGCGUCAUUCCGCCUUCAGGAAAAUACCUGAAGCGCGGAGCUGGGAAAAGCACCAGGAGCAUUAACCCCUUAAACGUCCCGACAGUUUCACUCUUCAUGUCUUCAGCAAAGGAGCCCAACGAAAAUCCUUUCCUAGGAUCUUUCCACUUCACCGAACCCCAAGGAACCAGGAAACCUUUGAACUCGAACCUGAGAACAAAACCUACCGACGACUAAGCAUCGGUUUUAUUUAGCUCUAAAAGUCAACAUUUGAAGCUUCUUCACAGGACUUGUAGCUUUUAAAACUAAAUUGAAGAAAUUACAUUGAAAAGGUUUUACUCUAAUGUAGUCUCUUGGAAAAAAUAGCUCUUCGUAGCUGACCCUAUGCAAGUCCCAUAGCAAAUAACUUGCCGGGUUUCAUUCCUUUUAAUUUACGCAGAGACUGAAGAAAGAUGCAUGGCGUAUAUACAGCUUUGUAAAUUACACAUUUAUUUCAAGAAAAAUCUUUUAAAUAUUUGAAAAGAAAAAAAAGAAUCAAUGAAAACCGCAGAAGACAAAUUUGGUUCUACAUAUAU